AUGAGCCGCAAUCUCCAAGAACGCGGCAAUGGCACUGCACCGUCAAAGCGACCUCGCCCAGACUCCGCUUCAGCCCAAGGUGGUGCUGUUCAAGUGACCAAGUCAGCUCGAAAGCAGAAGAAUUCGAACACCCCACUAGUUUCGGCACUUUAUGAGCGCGCCAAAGACCAGGUGGUACUCGCAUACCUCGAAGAAAGGCUACUAGAUGUCCAAAACGCACAUGCAGCACUACAGGAAGCAAACAAGAAUGCCGCCGUUAUCAAGCUUGAACGAGACACUAUGAAGACAGAGCUAGAUGAGUUCACAGAAUGGGUCGCCAACCUGUGUGAGGAACUCCAUCGUGCACAGAACAAGAACAGUGUCACCACACGAGAGAUGCAGAAUUUAAGACACACAUUCCAGCCAGAACAUCAGAUCGCCAGGGAGUCUUCAGACAAGGCCAACCCCGUCGUUAUCGAGAUGGAAGGUCUAAAGAGUCAAAUAGACGACUUAGCUUCUGAAAAUACGGACAUGGGAGCUGAAAAUGUCAGCUUGAGGGAACAAGGCAUCACAACGACUGCUGAGAAAGAGAAACAAGCGACCGAGAACCUCGGCUUGACGGAACACAUCGCUGAUAUUGCCGCCGAGAAAGAUAGCCAAGCCAUCGAGUUCCAAAAGCAGCUCGAUAUUAUGAAGAGCGAGAAUGAGAGCUUCAGUGUGGACAGGGAAAAUUUGGUCGGGGAGAAUGGCAGCUUGGCUGCGGAGAAAGACGCUUUAACAACCGAUAAGACCAAACUAGAAGCCGAAGUCAUUGAGCUCCAGAAGGCUUAUAACACUUCGACGCGUACAAGAAGCGGGUAA